CUCAGCCAAGAUGGCGGUGUUCCGGCCCGGCCAUGGCGGAGGAGGCGGCGCGGCGGGCGGUGGCGGAGCUGCCGCUGCUGCGGACGGCGGCAGGGCCGCGGGACCGGGAGCUGUGGGCGCCGCGCCUCAAGGAGGAGUACCGGGCGCUCAUCCAGUACGUGGAGAACAACAAACGCGCCGAUAACGACUGGUUCCGCCUGGAGUCCAACGCCGAGGGCACCCGAUGGUUCGGUCGGUGCUGGUACAUCCACGAGCUGCUCAAGUACGAGUUCGCCAUCGAGUUUGAUAUCCCGGUUACGUACCCCAACACCGCCCCCGAGAUCGCCAUCCCGGAGCUGGACGGGAAGACAGCCAAGAUGUACAGGGGUGGUAAAAUCUGCCUCAGUGACCACUUCAAGCCCCUCUGGGCCCGGAAUGUCCCCAAGUUCGGCUUGGCCCAUCUGAUGGCGCUGGGGCUCGGGCCCUGGCUGGCAGUGGAGAUCCCAGACCUGGUGGCCAAAGGGAUCAUCCAGCACAAAGAGAAGUGACCAAGGGGGAGUUGGGAGGCGCAGCCCCCCUGUCCCCCCCCAUCCUGCCCCUCUCCCCACUGCUGCCAUGCCCUGUUUGCCCCCCAAUAAACUCUUCCCCCCCCCCGGCA